AUGAAUUUGUCCAAGUGCGAGCAAGGUGACCAGUUCUUUCAAGUCGGACCUUUUCGACUCCAUACGCCCUUUUCACUCCAUUCAGAGGCUCUAAACCACUCCUGCAGCAAGAUGAAGCUCUCCAUCAUGAUGACUGCAGCCGCCGGCCUUGCCGCUGCUACAUCACUCCGUGUUCGACAGACCGAAUCCAAGCGGCCCUUUGUCCAGCCCGCUGAGAAGAGGGAUCCCGUCAAGUGCGGCUACAGCCUUUUUGGCGGCAACACCCAGGACAAGUCCGAGGCGUGCGUUGGCACGCUCAAGUACUGCCAAAAGGGCUUCUACGCGCAGUUUGACGAGCGCUUCGGCUCCGCCGAGGAGUGCGUCGCGUCCCGCCAGCCCGCGCCCCCAGCACCGCUCUUGCCGUUCAAGCAGCCCGACAACGCAACCAAGAGCUGCGGCAACGCCCUCGUAGACGGCAACACCCGGGACAAGUCCGAGACGUGCGUUGGCACGCUCAACUACUGCCAAAAGGGCUUCUAUGCGCAGUUUGGCGAGAGCUUUGGCUCCGCCGAGGAGUGCGUCGGCUCCCGCCAGGAUCCGUCCCUGAAGCCGUUUUUGUCGGGGACCAACCGGAGCAACGCGAGCGCUUGUGGCGCCUCCUUGUUUGGGGGCAACAAGAUGGGCCAUUCGGAGCCGUGCGUUGGUACGAUCAUGUACUGUAGCAAGGGAUACUGGGCAGAGUACAAGGAGGAGAGCUUCGCUAGCGAGGAGGAGUGUCUCAAGGCCCGAAACCCGGAAUUCGCGGCACCCAAGCCUGUGCCUGCUCCGCCCAAUGUGCCUAGGCCUGAGCCAACACCUGAGUGA